CCUUUGGUUAAAAUAGUGGAAACUAGUAACUCUUCAAGUAGCCAGCUAUUAGUUAGGUCUUCAGUUAAUAGAGUUGAAAAAAGAAUGUUAAAUAAGACAAACACCAAUAAGGUUAAGAGACAAACUAUUGAAACUGAAAAGACUAAGCAAAUUAUAUUAACAAAAGUCCAAAAAGCUAAACUUUGUUAUCUGCAUAAAAGUGGAUAUAUUCAGCUUUCACUUGCAAACUAUUUUAAAAUUGGUGAAUCAACAGUUUCAAAAAUACUUAAACAAGAAGAUUACUGGCUUUCAAUUGAUCCAAAUUUAUCACAAGCAAAGUCUAAAUAA